CUGAUGCAGUACCUUCUCCUCCAGAAGGUGCCAAGUUCAGGAUGGGGUCCCAGGUCUCGGUGGAUACAGGAGCUAUGCACGUGGUGAUCGUGGGCGGGGGCUUUGGAGGGAUAGCGGCCGCCAGCCAGCUGCAGACACUGAAUGUCCCCUUCAUGCUGGUGGACAUGAAGGACUCCUUCCACCACAAUGUGGCAGCCCUCCGGGCCAGCGUGGAGAGUGGGUUCGCCAAAAAGACAUUCAUUUCUUACUCAGUGACCUUCAAGGAUAACUUCCGCCAGGGCAAAGUGAUUGGCAUAGACUUGAAGAACCGGACAGUGUUGCUACAGGGUGGUGAGGCCUUGCCCUUUUCACAUCUAAUUCUGGCCACGGGCAGCACUGGGCCCUUCCCUGGCAAGUUUACGGAGGUGUCCUGCCAGCAGGCAGCCAUCCAGGCCUACGAGGACAUGGUGAAGCAAAUUCAGCUCUCACAGUUCAUCGUGGUGGUGGGAGGUGGCUCUGCAGGAGUGGAGAUGGCAGCAGAGAUCAAAACGGAGUACCCCGAGAAGGAGGUCACUCUCAUCCACUCCAGAGUACCCCUGGCUGACAAGGAGCUCCUACCCUGUGUGCGGCAGGAAGUGAAGGAGAUCCUUCUCCGGAAGGGUGUGCAGCUACUGCUAAGUGAGCGGGUGAGCAACCUGGGGGAACUGCCUCUCAACGAAUACCGGGAGUACAUCAAGGUGGAGACGGACAAGGGCACGGAGGUGGCCACCAACCUGGUGAUCGUAUGUAACGGGAUCAAGAUCAACAGCUCUGCCUACCGCAGCGCAUUUGAGAGUAGACUGGCCAGCGGUGGUGCUCUGAAAGUGAACGAGUUCCUCCAGGUGGAAGGUUACAGCAAUAUCUAUGCCAUUGGUGACUGUGCCGACAUCAAGGAGCCCAAGAUGGCCUAUCACGCUGGCCUGCACGCUAACAUUGUCGUGGCCAACAUUGUCAACUCCAUGAAGCAGAGGCCCCUCAAAGCCUACAAGCCAGCUCUAAAACAACAGGAAGAAAACACAUGGAAAGAAACCCUUGGUGGAGACCUGGUUAAUUAUGGAAGAGGCCCUCUGUUAAGAGAGUAUAAAAUGCACUGGGCCUCCUCCCCAGGCAGGCAGGCCUCGUGCCCACUGCCUUGGAUGCCCUCUCAGCCACCCUCUGCUCCCCUGCCAUGUCACCCUUCCUCAAUCCUUUUAAAAAAUAAAACCCCUGCUCUUGUGACGUGACACUGAUCCUCCUCCUCCGUCCCUGCUGGAGAGCUACUUGGUGUCCAGUUUGGCCAUCUCCUGCACGUAGAUGCCGAUGCUCUCGCUGUCGAAGAGCAGGAAGUACACGUUCUUCAGCGAGGACGCGCUCGAGUCGUCAAAGUGGGCCGAGAUGGCCUUGAGGGUCACCUGGGCGGCCGUCUGUUUGGGAAAGCAGUUUCUGUGCCCAAGCAAAAAGAAGAGAGCCCAUGUCAUUUUGGCCCCUGUACCCAUGUGUGUAGUUCUUUCUUAGUUUGGGGAGAGGAACAUUGGUUUCUCUUUGGUUUUGUUCUGAUAGCAUCUCACUAGGUAGCUAUUGGCUAGCCCGGGACUCACCGUGUAGACCAAGCUGGCCAGAAACUCAGAGCUCUGCCUGCCUCUGCCUUCCAGAGUACAGGGGUUAGAAACAUACUCUGCUCUCAGUUUCUUUCUUUCUUUUUUUAAAAA